AUGAUCAGCAAAACGCUUUUUUUGACUUAUUUUUACUUGUUUAUCUACAUCUUGCUUUCUUCUGGUGUUAUUUUGUACAACAAGUGGGUUUUAUCUCCUAAGUACUUUAACUUUCCACUUCCCAUCACACUUACUAUGAUUCAUAUGGGUUUUUCUGGAGCUGUUGCAUUUUUACUUGUUCGGGUUUUUAAGGUUGUAUCGCCGGUUAAAAUGUCGUUUGAAAUAUAUGCAACAUGUGUGAUACCUAUAAGUGCCUUCUUUGCAUCAAGUCUCUGGUUUGGUAACACGGCAUAUUUGCAUAUAUCUGUGGCUUUCAUCCAGAUGCUUAAAGCUCUGAUGCCAGUUGCAACUUUCCUUGUGGCUGUUUUAUGUGGCAUUGACAAAGCAAGGUCACAGGCAUCUUUGCAGAAGCUUUUCGCCUCGUCUUAA